CUCAGUUUUUGUCAAGUUGUACGUGUGGAAAUUGGGUUUGCGUUUUCACGAUUUUCCGGGCCUGAAAAUUAGAUCUCACCUCGUCUUUGCUAUUAUUAGAUGCAUUCGUUUGUAAUUUAGCUUUCCCGAUGCCGUUAACAGCGCGUCAAAGGAGUAUUCACAACAAGAAUGGCGCUAAAAGGGGUGCAAGUUUCAAAGGGAAAAGAAAAGCUAGCGAAGGAGAAUACCUCGUGACCAGUGCACCUUCAGAUCUUCGUAGCAUAGGAUACCCGGGUGGGGCGUUGGCUUUAGUUUUGUUGCUCACUGUCCGGCUCUUGUCGGCACAAUACGGCCACAUAUCGGAUUGUGACGAGACCUACAACUACUGGGAACCUCUGCAUUACUUAGUGUACGGCAAUGGUCUUCAAACAUGGGAGUACAGUCCGGCAUACGCGAUCCGAUCGUACAUGCCCCUCUGGCUGUUUGCGGUCCCAGGCAAGAUACUCUCCACAAUGAUGACUCCAGUCGCAGUGUUCUACGCACUGAGACACAUCCUGGCUAUUCUGACCGCUUGCGCCGAACUUAUGUUUUAUAAAGCCAUAUGCCACGAGUUCGGCGUCCACGUAGGCCGGCUAUGGCUCUUCUUCACCCUCCCAGCGGCAGGUGCUUGGGCGGCGGGCGCGGCCAUGCUGCCUUCAGCCUGGAGCCUGGCGCUGGGCGGCGCCGCGCUGGCUUGCUGGUGGCGCCGCCGGUACCCGCCGGCUGUGGCUUUGACCGCGGCCUCUGUGAUUAUAAGCUGGCCCUUCACAGCGCUUCUCGGCGUGCCCAUAGCAAUCGACAUGCUCUUCAUAAAGCGGCAAUACGUGGAAUUCUUCAAGUGGUCGGCCAUCUCCCUCGUCGUCAUCCUGACUCCCACCGUCAUCAUCGACUCGUGGCAUUACGGCCGACUGGUGGUGGCGCCAUGGAAUAUUGUGGCGUACAACAUCUUCACUGACCAUGGACCGGAUUUGUAUGGUGUGGAACCAUGGACUUAUUACUUUGUGAAUGGAUUCUUGAACUUCAAUGUUGUUUGGGUGCUAGCCCUAUCCAGUCCGCUGCUACUCCUGGCUUGCACCGCGAUGUACCACCGUUCUAUGCGAGCGCACUUCUGCUCGCCCUACUGGCUCGACCUCAUGCCGCUCGCGCUGUGGCUGGCCGUCUUCAUGCCGCAGCCACACAAGGAGGAGAGAUUCCUGUACCCAGCAUACAGUCUAAUCGUUCUGGCUGGGGCCAUAGCCUUCGACUGCUUACAAAAGAUGACCUUCGCGGUAGGGACGGAGCUAUUCCAGUGGCGGAAGGAGCGAGAGAGACGGCACUACCUGGCGUAUACCGGCCAGAUCAUGAUCAUCUGUAUUAUUUGGACUGGGACUUUGGGCUUAUCCCGCAUCGGAGCACUAUACACCAACUACCACGGGCCGAUGCGAAUACUACGAUCGCUCCCCGAAACCACCGAUACCGAGUACGUCUGCUUCGGCAAGGAAUGGUACCGGUCCCCGUCCAGUUUCCACCUGCCUGAGAACUACGAGAUACGGUUCAUACCCAGCGAGUUUAAUGGACAGCUGCCUGCGCCGUACGCUGAUGCGAAAAAUGCGACCCGCCUCAUCCAUCCAUACUUCAACGACCUAAACCAAGGAGACAAUCGAACCUACGUCCAACCGUCUCAGUGCCACUACCUCGUCGAUUCCGACAUCGGAAAACCCACACCCCUACAGCCGUUCUACCAUAAAGACCCGCUAUGGGAAAUCAUAGACUCAGUUCCUAUACUCGACGCGGAGAAAUCGCACCAAGUCUUCAGAGCUUUCUACGUCCCGAUAUUGUCAAGCAAACAUAACGUUUACGCUAAUUUGUAUCUGUUAAGGAAUAAAAUGCUAUUUGCAUAGGUGUUGGGUUCAAAUUUGAUUGGUCAUUGAAUAUCUUGGUGGACCUAAGUCGGGCAAAGAAAGAAAGAAAUUUCGCGAUUGAGGUGAUGGUACAGUAAUUGAGUCCAUCAAUGGUAAUCAUACAUAACUAACAAAUCUUUGCACUGUAUAAAACCUAAGUCAACUUAGAGGUUUGUAAAUACUAUUGUAAAGCAUAUUUGAAAUAUUUUUUCCGAAAAAUGUUUUCAAACUACUUUUGUUUAGUGGCCAUUUUUUCGAUGUCAGAUUAGAUUCACACAAAUAAAUAAUU